AGGAUUAUAUAUACAGGAACACUCUUCCAGGGACGGGGAUAUCAGAGGAUUAUAUAUACAGGAACACUCUUCCAGGGAUGGGGAUAUCAGAGGAUUUAUAUACAGGAACACUCUUCCAGGGACGGGGAUAUCAGAGGAUUAUAUAUACAGGAACACUCUUCCAGGGACGGGGAUAUCAGAGGGAUUAUAUAUACAGGAACACUCUUCCAGGGACGGGGAUAUCAGAGGAUUAUAUAUACAGGAACACUCUUCCAGGGACGGGGAUAUCAGAGGAUUAUAUAUACAGGAACACUCUUCCAGGGACAGGG